AUGAGCACAUCUGCGGACCGGUUGGCCGAGCAGGCCAGCCUGCGGCAACGGCACGGAGCUGCAGCUGCAGCCCCGGCCUCGGCGCGCGUCGCAUUCGCCGAGGAUGCUGAUGCUGACACCGACUCCCCCAAGGAGCAGGUUGACAAGCCACAGAAAACAUACGGACGCACCCCGGCCGGCACAGAUCCCCUCUGGUUAGUUUUUGUCGUCCCGACGACCCAUGACAUGGUCUCUCAGCUUCUGGAUCCCCGACAGCCAAAGAACCUGUCUGACAUCACCGUCCUUGCCAUUCUUGGACUCCACAUACUCGCGGCUUACUACCUGCCCGCCUGGCUGAAGAGGCCCGUCUUCGCCGCCAUCUUCAUAUUCUGGCGCGCAUCUUACAACAUCGGCAUUGGCUGGCUUCUCACCGUCCAGUCCAAGUACAAGACCCUCGUGCGGAAGGCGCAGAAGAGCGGCAUUUUCGAGAACCCUGCGACGGGCAAGAACCCCCGACCAUGGCUAUACAAUCUGCUCAAGCGAGAGCUCGAGGCCAAGAUCCCGGAGGACUACGAGUUUGAGAAGGCGCCCAUCGAGUACAACACUUGGCUGGUCUUCCGCCGCAUCGUGGAUCUGAUUCUGAUGUGUGACUUUGUGUCCUACUGCCUCUUUGCCAUGAUCUGCGGCUCCCAGCCGGAUGGCGAGAACCCCGUCAUGGCGCUCGCUCGCUGGGUUGUGGGUAUUUCUCUGAUCGGCUUCAACCUCUGGGUCAAGCUCGACGCCCAUCGGGUCGUGAAGGACUUUGCUUGGUACUGGGGCGACUUCUUCUACUUGAUCGACCAAGAGUUGACUUUCGACGGCGUCUUCGAGAUGGCACCUCACCCCAUGUACUCGAUCGGCUACGCUGGGUACUACGGCAUCUCCAUGAUGGCCGCCAGCUACGAUGUCCUGUUCAUCUCCAUCGGCGCACACCUGUCUCAGCUCAUUUUCCUGGCCGUGGUUGAGAACCCCCACAUCGAGAAGACCUACAACCCGCCCCAGCCUCGUGUCCGUGCCAACUCUGAGCGCAGUGACUCGGGAUCUUUCGACCGCCCUGUGGAGCUCCAGACUCACAGAGGUUCGCCUGCCCCCGUGCAUGACCUGUUGGGCCUCAAGAACUUUGAUCUGUUCCGCGUUACCGACUACUCUGCACUUCUACUCUGUGGCUAUCUGAUGACGCUCACAGUUGUCUGCCCCAACACUUCUCUCUGGCAAGGCCUGUUCGUGGUCCAUGCCUUGGCCUGGCGUAUGUGGUAUUCUAUUGGCUUGGGUGUCAUUCUCAACCUGCAGUCCAACCAAAAGAUGUUCACUCGUCACUUCGUCAAGUACGGUGACAGCGUCCACGAAGCCUGGAGGCAGUGGAAGGGCAUGUACCACCUCAGCCUCAUCAUGUGUCACGGAUCCUUCAUGGCUGCGUGCUGGAAGCUCUACUACCUGCCUGACGAUUGGUCUUAUGGAAGCGCAAUCCUCAAGCACGUUCUGGGCCUCAGUCUCAUUGCCCUGCAGGUCUGGGUCGCCACCAGCAUCUACGAUGAGCUGGGCGAGUUUGGCUGGUUCUUUGGCGACUUCUUCUUCGACAGCAGCAGCAAGCUGACCUACAAGUCCAUCUACCGCUUCCUCAACAAUCCCGAGCGUGUCAUGGGCACGGCAGGUCUGUGGGGUGCUGCGCUUAUCACCUGGAGCAGGUCCAUCUUCAUUCUCGCCCUGAUCAGCCAGCUGUUGACCAUCGGAUUCAUCACCUACGUCGAGAAGCCUCACAUGCAAAAGGUCUACGGCAGGAACGUUCGGCGCGAGGCUGGCUUGACCAAGUUCAUCAAGCGAUCUCUGCCGCCUCCGGUCAAGGAGUGGUCGAUGAGCGUUGACAAGGUCUUUGACGAGACCAAGUCUUUUGUGGAUGAGUUCGUCGACACAGCCCGACCGAAGCUGGCAGCCGGCGUCUCGACCAUUGUUCGCGACACCACUGCCCUCUUCAACAAGUACCCGGCUCGUCUGACGAUCACGCGCCUCUCCGCCGAUCUUGCCGGCAUCGACCCCAAGCAAUACUCCCUGGCAAUGGGAGGCGAGUUGGCUCCCGAGGGAAUCAGCGAGCGAUCUACCGGCAAGGAGAGCCUCUCGGCCAGAGUGCCCAAGGACGUCAAGACCAUGGUCUUCCAGUAUGGUGCUCCCAUCAAGGUGAAGUGGACCGCUCCGGCCAACCACGGCAAGAAGGACUGGAUUGGCCUCUACAUGGUCACCGACAACAGCUCUCGUGAGGUUACCGAGGUGCCUUCUCUCGGCCGUUGGGUGCCCACGAACCCUGGCGAGUAUGACACGGCUGUGGACACUGGUAUCGUCUCUUCGGAUAAGCCCGGACCCAAGAGCGCCGAUGGCACUGCCCUCGUCCAGGGAGAGGUCGUCUUCGAGGGCGACAGGUUGUGGUGGACCCAGGGUGUCUUUGAGUUCCGCUACCACCACGAUGCUAGCCACAACGUGCUCUCCAUCUCGCAGCCUUUCGAGGUGCGCAUUGGACGCUUCGAGGCAGAGGAUGUCGAUGCUGAUUCGCCCUCUCGAGCUCUCUAUGAGCAGGCCGUUGAGGAGGCCCUCUUGCCCGUCGUCCGCGACUGCCUCGACCGCGACCCGGAUAUCGCCCCUAACACGGCCGAUGAGCCAUUCGGCAGCCACGUGGAGCGAGACAGCCGGUACGCUCGCCGGGUUGUGUAUGCCAUCCACCACAUGUUUGGAGUCGAGUUCGCGCCGGCUGUGGUACCUGCCGAUGGCAACGUGAGGAAGUUGGCCUGGAGAAUAUCCAGCGCUAAGCAAGUCUUGGCACCGUACAGCAUGUCUCACUCGAGAGGCACGACGACGCCAACAACGGAGAAGUCGGAGCUGCUGUAG